CGGCCGUUCAUAAAUCGGGCGCGCGACUAGCCGAAAAACCCACCUAUGAUGUUGGUGAACCGGGAGCGCUCCUCUUGAUCCUUUGCCGUCUCACGCACCCACGCUCCAAAAGUGAUUUUGGAUAGUUUUUUGAUUCAUUUUUGAUUUUCGUUUUUUGGACAGUUUUUUAUUAAUAAUGGAAUGGAUAACGGCCAUCGACAAAAGGCCGUGCGACCGUAAUGUGAAAGACGUGGAGUUAAUAUGUGCGAGGCUGCGUCGCGUGGAGCAGCUAUGCCGUCUGCCCAAUUCGGUGCUGCAACAGUUGGCCCUGUGCGGAUACUACGAGGACCUGGAAAAGGGGGUGACGCUGUUCCGACAGGGCGAUACAGGAAAAUGUUGGUAUGCGGUGAUGGCUGGAACAUUAGACGUGAGGAUGAUACAACCAGAGACAGACCCUAAGAAUCCAGUGACAAUAUGCACCUUGGGCGUGGGAGCAACAUUUGGAGAGUCCAUUCUCCAAGAUCUACCCAGGGACACAACGGUUGCCACUCAAACGACAUGCGAACUUUUACGAGUCGAACAACACGACUUUAAGCUCAUUUGGGAGAAAAACAAGGAGCUUAUGAACGAACUGGUCUCCAAUUGCAAGCUGAAAAAUGGUUUUGGUAGCGUUAGUUCAAAGGGCAGUAUGCAACAACCAGCUUCACCACCUCCAAGAAGAUCAAUGUCACCUGAUCAGCCUAAUCCUGCUGAACCUAUAACUGAACAACCUAGCACUUUGAUAGGUAGAAUAGGAUGGUCACUUAGAACUCUGCUACUAUCUCAAAAUACUUGUUUAAAAGACAGAAAGGUGUCAGGUCGAUUGGUGAGAAGAUGUGCCCCAGGGACUGAGUUGGUGGACUGGAUGUUGAAUCUUUCGCCCAGUGUCCAUACCAGAGCUCAAGCAGCUGGUAUGUGGCAAGCGUUGUUGGAAGAGGGUGUUAUUUCUCACGUUAACAAGGAGCAACCGUUUAAGGAUAAAUGCUUCCUGUACAGAUUCUGGCAGGAUGAAGAGGGUCCAACUGUGUUACCUCCCCUCGAGGACGUGGCAACCGCCGAAGAGCAACUCCAAGAAUCUUUGGGAGUCUUAAUACAUCGUGGUCCAGAUGCGUUUCUUCGAAUGAUUAUGAGAAAACAGAGUCACGAAAGGACGGUCGACGAUCAGGAGACUAUAUACGAAGAGUUAUUGCACAUCAGAGCUUUGGCGCAUCUUUCGAACUCGGUCAAGAGGGAAUUGGCUUCCGUAAUAGUUUUUGAAGCCCAUCCGAGAGCCAGCACAGUGUUGUUCCAUCAGGGAGAUGAAGGUAGAUCGUGGUAUAUAAUUUUAAGGGGAUCAGUAGAUGUUGUGAUUCAUGGUAAAGGUACAGUAAAUACCUUACACGAAGGCGAUGAUUUUGGAAAAUUGGCCCUUAUAAACGAUGCCCCAAGAGCUGCCACUAUAGUGCUCCGUGAAAACAAUUGUCAUUUCCUUCGUGUUGACAAGGAAAAUUUUAAUAGAAUACUUCGAGACGUCGAAGCCAACACCGUUCGACUAAAGGAACAUGGUAAAGACGUUCUUAUAUUGGAAAAAAUCAACGCUACAACCAAACAAGUCUUUUCUUCCCAUUUUAAAUAUACUGUGAUGGCGGGAACUCCGCAAAAAAUGUUAGAGCAUCUUUUAGAAACCAGAUUAGACGGAAGGGGCACAAUGGGGGGUGGUGAUAACUUUAUAAUUACCACGGCCCAAGACCCCUUUUUAGACGACUUUCUUCUUACACACAUUGUGUUCAUCCCCACUCAUCAGCUUAUAGAAGAAUUAGAUAAAUAUUAUAGAAUAGACACCACUAACCAGGACAGGGAGUUCAUUUUAGCCUGUAAACGGCGAGUGAUACAAUUCGUGUACAGAUGGGUGACGACCAUCAGGCAACCCGUUUUCGAAGACGAUUUAGCAGUGGAAUUUCUUGAGGAUUUAGCAGCGUGUUUGGAACAAGACAUUAUUCAAUAUAAUGCUCUUCAGGAGGAGGCAACUCUCAUGCAUCAUGUAAUGUCGCAAUUGCGAAGAUAUCAGGAAGACAGGAAAGCUCAUGAAGGUCAGAAAUGGAAACUGCCUCCUUUAGGACAGCCGAUAAGUUUGUUUAGUGGAAAUGAUACAAAUAGAACAAUUAUAAUGCCUCAGGAUGAUAUUAUAUUCCGCGUAUAUUGUGCUGAUCAUACUUACUGCACUCUGAGAUUACCUGUUGACACGCCAGCAGACACGAUAAAGUUGGUGGCAGCGGAUAAGCUCAAAAUGAGGACAACAGACGAAUUGUUACUUGUAGAAGUUAAAUCGAAUGGAGAAAGAGUAACUUUUAAGGACAACGACAUUAGCAUACCGACUGCAUUGACGAUAAAUGGUAGAAUUUUUGUAUCACCAAAGGACCACUUGGAUGCACUGACAUGUCUUUCUGAACAAGAGGAGGCCACUCAGGGUAUUGAUGGCGACAUCGAGCUCUUCAGCACCAAAGAAUUAGCAUACUACAUGACACUAUUUGACUGGGACCUGUUUUGGUGCGUCCACGAAUACGAAUUACUCUAUCACACGUUCGGGCGACAUCAUUUCGGACAGAUUACAGCGAAUCUGGACGUGUUCCUUAGAAGAUUUAAUGAGAUACAGUUUUGGGUGGUGACCGAGAUUUGCAUGGCUACCAGUCUUAGCAAACGAGUGGCUAUACUUAGAAAAUUCAUUAAAUUAGCCGCAUAUUGUAAGGAAUACCAAAAUCUGAACGCUUUCUGUGCAAUUGUAAUGGGUCUAAGCAACGUUGCCGUAUCCAGACUAUCCAACACUUGGGAUAAACUCCCAUCGAAGUUCAGAAAGCUAUACACCGAAUUUGAAUCCCUUAUAGAUCCGAGCAGGAACCAUCGAGCUUACAGAGUUAGCGUGGGCAAACUGCAACCUCCAGUUGUCCCCUUUAUGCCAUUGUUGCUCAAGGAUAUGACUUUUACUCAUGAAGGCAACAAAACUUGUCUAGAUGGUUUGGUUAAUUUUGAAAAAAUGCACAUGUUAGCUCAAACAAUGAGAACUAUACGGUUCUGUAGAAGUAGACAUUUAGUAUUGGAACCACCCUCUCCAAAGAGUGAAGGAGAAGUAAAAUCAUACAUUUCGUGCUUACGAGUGAUUGAUAAUCAGCGAGUGCUAACUGGAAUGUCGCAGAAACUGGAACCUAGACGUUCUUAGUGGCAAUAUAUGCUUUCCAACAGGGUGCUCACAUAUGCGGGAUGGAGAUGCUGGACUCUUUGCCCCUGUCCAUUCGCCUUUUUCUUUUAUAAACCCCAACCUACCUAUGUAUGACAUUAUGAGGGCGCUAUACUAGGCAUUAUGAUCUUCCAUAUGAAGUAACAAUAAUAUUUAUGCACUGGCCACGGAACCAUAGAAAAAUGAUUUGGCGGUAUGGAUUAAUCAUGAAAAUAUCUAGAUAUAUACAAUAUAAAUGUGUCAAAUUAGGGACGCAUUGUCCCCUAGUAGUUGACUUUUUCUUAUUCAUUUGUGAUAAGUAUUCGAUCUUUAUUUAAUAAUAAUUGUUAUUUCUCGUUUCCCUUUUUAAAGGUUAACAAAACCUUUAAUUCGUACAAGAGGACCAAAUUAUUAUUGUUAUCCGAUAUUUUGAAUUUUGAAAACAAUUUCUUUUACAGACGAUUUUGUAACAUUUAAUUAAUUACGUAAUAAGUACAUAUUAAAAAUUUUGCAUCGAACUGCAAAACCGACUUUAAUAUUAACUUGCACUUGAAAUUUUUUAGUGCCAAAAAACACAUCACUUCAAUCUUCGAAAUAAUAAUUCUGAAUUUUUCAAUUUCCUCCACUUCAAUGCACAAAGUCUCGUGUGGUAGUAAUAUUAAUAAUAUUAAAUAAUGAUAAGUAAACCUCUAGUUGAAUCUUAUGAUUGUGAAAAUCAAAAAAAAAUCCUCUCACUUUCAAGCUUUAAUAAUUUUAAUAAUAUUUAUUGUUAAGAAACAAUCAUGAUGAUUAUCUGUGAAGUUAUUCGUAUAAAAUGGAAAAGGAUGCUAUAUUCUUAUAAGGACUGUAAUAUUUUAGAGGAACAUUUUUAUUCUAAUAAUAUUUAGUAAACAAAGUGAAGCAAUAACAAUUUGUAGUUUAAUAAAUAUGCACAAUCGAUAUGUGUAAAUUUGUAACUGCUUUAUUUGUAGAUAUAUUUGUCUAUGCGUCUUGUUUAACUCAUGUAAAUUGAGAAGAAUAUUUGAAAAUUAUAUUUUGAAACAUUAUUUGAUUACUACUAUUAGCAAACUUGUGUAAUGUAAAUUUAAUACAAUUCAACCUCCCAAACAAAUAAAAUUAUUGAAUUAAAUUUAAAACAAAACGAUUAUUAAUCACAAUAUGAUAAAAGCAAUAUUUGUUUUCCAAACAAAUGUCAUUUGAGGUUGAAUAAGUAAAUAAAUGUGCAUAUUUGUUUACGUUUCUGGUGUGUAUAUUUUUAAUUAUGUAUAUAUUUGUGAAAAUACGACAGCUUCUUGUUAGCAAUUUGUUAUGACAAUCAUGGUCGAUUUAUGCAUGUAAAAAUAUAGAAAAUGCAUAAAUUGAUGUAACUUUAAUAAUAAUUAGCACAACAUCAUGUUGUUUAAAAUUUUCUAUUAUUUGAUAUUAAAUUUCGGAUUAACAAUAUCACAAACUAAUUUUGAAAUUGUAAAUAUUGCUAAUUAUAACAUCGUUGAUGGUCAUUUGUGAUUUUGUGAAUCCACGAAAAUCAAAAAGAAAUUGGUUGCUAGACCAUAAAUUUGAGUAUUUGUGAUAUAUUUAGAAACUUAUAUAAUAUAUGGUGUAUUUGUUAUAAAUAGUCCUAGUCUAUCAAAUUUAUUAUAAUUUUAACUAUGGACCAUAUAUAGUUAUUUCGUUGUUUUUGUAAAUUUUCACGAAAAAUUGUAAUAAAUUUGAAUAAUUUUAUUUAUUUUGUAUAUUUUUCUCCUUGUCAAUAUAAAAUGACAGAAAUGUAAGGACAACACUCCAAUGCAUGUAUUUGUGUAAGAUCUCGAUACUAGAAGUAAAAUAUUUUUACCUAGAAAUUAUUAUGAUUAUUGUCCAAUUGUACAUAUUUAUAUUUGAAAUUUUUAUUAUAUUUACCCAUUCAAUGAAAAUAAUAAAAAAAUCAUUCGUAA